UAAGAGAAGAGCGGGAGCAGAAAAAAAGGGAACAAUGGGAGCUGUUUGCGCAAUUCAAGCAGUCCGAUGAAGCAAGAAACCAACGGAUAGCCGAGAUGGAGGAACGACUACGACAACAUUUGUCGGUAGCACCCUCCAUGGUUAGUGGUCCCGUAGAUCCUACCGCACCCCAAACGGUCCCUGUUGGCAAUGGCAAGAACCCCGAAAAUGCUGGCCCCCAGACAUCAGGGAACGGCAAGCGACCGGUAGGAGCUGCUCCAGUAGGAGGGAAUGGUGGAAAUCAAGCUCCCCGGAACCUACCAAGAGGAAACCUUGCGGGAGACCCAGAACCUUCCGACGACGAUGACGACGAUAACAGUGAAUGGUCGCACGGUAGGAAGAACUGGAGAAUGAACCGAGGCGGGAACCGGAAUUCGGCGCCGCCUGAGGACGAGGAUAUGGUAGAUUCGCUCGCUAAAAUACCCUUCGAGUUCGAUAAUGCCAGAAAGCACAAUCUGCGGCAUUGGCUCAUGGAAUGCGAGAUCUACUUCGAACAGAAGCCAAAGAAGUUCCGGACAGAUAGGAACAAGGUAUUGUUCGCCGGAACAUAUACCUGUGGGUUGGCAAAAGAAUGGUUUAUGGAAUAUAUCGAGACCAAGAUGCUAGGUCCGGCAGCCGCGGACUACGCCACUUGGACUCGGUUCCGUCAGGAAAUCAGAAAACGCUUCCUAAGUACUCAGGAAGGUAUGGAGAAUGCGAUGAAGAUGCAGCAGUUCAAGUACUCUGCUAACAUCGGAGACUACCUGACAAGGAUGGAGAUCAUGAACCAGCAUGCUCAGAUGAAAGGGGCAUCCUACCGCGCCGCCUUGCUCCAAGGAUUACCAAAUGAAAUCCGAGAACGCCUGUAA